AAGCCGCAAGCAAACGUCAGACAACAAAUUUAACUUUAUACUAUUUAUAUAUAAACUGUAUAUUUAAAGUACUCGAACGAGUUGUGCUAAAAUGGUGAUUGAUAUUAAAAUGUGCCGCUUUGAUAAUGUGCCCUGGGGCUUUCGGCUGGUCGGUGGUGCGGACUAUGAAUAUCCCCUGACUGUGGUUAAGGUCGCCGAGGGCAGCAUUGCGGAGGAAGCUGGCCUGCGGGUUGAGGAUGUUAUUGUGCGUAUCAACGAUACGGCCGCCACGCCCCUGACGCAUGACGAAGCACAUCGCCUAAUCUUGAGCAGCGGCAGCGUUUUUUACUUUGGUGUCUAUCGCGAGAACGAGGAGGAUGCCUACGAGUGCCCCAAACGUUUCCCACUAAGUUCGAGUUCGUUGACCAAGUCACCAACGCCGCUGGCUUCGCCGGGUUACGACUCUCUAUCCCCAGUGCCGUCGUUAACGGAAGCCACAAAAGCGCACAUUCCGGAACAGGUCGUGGCUGCGUCGCAGGCGGCAGUCACAACGGCUGUGGCACAGGCAGAGUCAGAGGUGGCGGCACUGCAGGAUGCGCUGGAAUGUCGCAGUGCCAUGGCGGAAGUGCAUUCGGCUGACUACAACGACAACAACAACAACAAUAACAACAACGGCAAUAACUGUAACAACGCCAUGGACACAAUGGACAGCCUGUAUUUGCCCGAUUUGCCCGAUCGUCCGUGCUCGGCGCUUUCGGAGCAGACGGAAAUUAAGCUGGUGGAGGAGGAAAUUGCCGCCGUGCUGUCUGGCGAGUCCGAGGUGCUCAAGGAGCACCAAGUGCUUGGCGUUAAUUUCUAUAGAAUCUUUCCCAAGCCGGGCGUCUGCAUGACCAGCGAUGUGCUGCGCUCACUCAACGAGGAGGUGACCAAGACCAAGCUGGAGAAGGAGAAGGAGAAUCGCAAGUGGUCGACAUUCUUGCAGCGACCAGAUCGCCCCGUGCCCAAGAGCAAGCAGCAGCUGGAGGCAGAGCGACGUGCGGCCAAUGCCUACAAGGUGAAGAUUGUCAAGUCGCAGCCACGCGAAAAAUCGCCCAUGCCGGAACUGAAGCCAGCGGCAAAGGAAGCGACGCCCACGCCAGCCGAGGAAGAGUCCAAGCCACCCACUAACGAGCAGGAAAACAAGCAGGAAACAGAGGCACACGUGCAGACUGAGGAGGAGAAGGAGCAAGAGGAGCUGGAGCAAGAGCCGCUGCCCACGGAUAGCGAAGUGCCGAAUUUGGAACAAUUGCCAGACAAUGGAAGCAACAACAACAACAACGAUGAUUAUGACGACAAGCCUGAAUUGCCUGAGGACAAUGGCGAACAAGGCGAAUCAAGCGAUGCCGAGCAGUUGGAGAAGGCGGAUGCGUCAAAGGACGAACAAUCCGAUGGGCAGGAACAGCAGGAGGCUGAAUCAGAAGCCACAACGCCAGCCAAAACUGAUGAGGAAUUGGCGCUAGAGAAGCAGCUAGCCGAUGUGCAAAAGCAACUCGCCGCGCUCUCCUCGCUGCCAUCGACCAUACAGUCCACACUGGAUGCGGUGACCAAGCAGCUGGCCGAACUGUUGCCCACAUUUAAGUUGCAACAACAACAGGAGCAGCAGCAGGGGGAGGGGGAGGGGCAAAAACAGCUGCCAGAAAUCGAUGAGCAGCAGGCUGAGGAAGACAAACUGGCCGGAGGCGAACAUGAAGACAGUGGCGGCGUCUGCCCAGGCGUGUCUGCGGAUGACAUGCCGCAGUCAGCAUGUGAAAAUAAUGAGGAUAAAUGCGACGACGCCAAUGACCUGGAAGUGUCGAAAAUUUCGCUCAGCAAUGGCGGCGACAAUUGCGCGCUCGAGGAGCAGCAGCAGCAGGAGCUUAACGAGCAACAAAGUUUCAAGAAGCAAAAGAAACACAAUGUCAUUGAGGAGCUGGAGGAGCAUUUGGUGCGCAAAAACAAUCCGAAGCGUUCGAAGCGCGCCUUUGGUCCCCUAACUCCAUCCUCGGAGCGGCCUUUGGUGCUGCCCGGCGGCAGGCGCUGGUACCGACCCAAAGAUGCCUACAAUGAUGAAUUCAUAGCCGAAACACUCAGCGCCCAGGCGGAGCUCAUAACUGGCAGCACUCUGGGGGUCAAUUUCAUGAAGUACCAAAAGCCCGAACGCAAAAUCGACCUCAAUCGCAGCGAAGUAUACAAAGUCAUACAUCAUCUGGACCGUGCCCCUGUGCGUGGCAUUGAGGUGCGUGCACCGCUUGUGGCAGCCGAGUCCGAUAUACGCCAAGCAGUGCAGUCAUAAAAUUGCAAUUUGUGUGUGGCAACAUCAUUGGCUUGCCUUCAACGUUUUUAUAUGACAAUAAGCAGCUCAGCAAAUAAAUAUAAAUACAUAUUAAA